AGCAGCUUCCUCACAGCGGAAGGAGACGACGGAUCUCCUGCAGGACAAUGUGAGACACGGGAGAGUUGAUCCAACGCAGUUAGCCGCAGCCAUGAUGGACUUGGGGAUAAUCUAGCGCGUUUCUCAGCUCGAUCUCAGCCUGAAUAAUCGUCGGGAUAUUAUUUUAGUUCCGCAGAGGAAGCGGCCGCAGCGAUGGGAGUCCUGCGCUGAGCGGAGCGCGGCGGCAGGGCCAAAGAAACGGGAGAAAGAUGGGUGUCGUGCUGCGGAGCCUGUUGUUGUGUAGUUUUUGUUUGCUCAUACGAGGCGUGCCGCUGCUUCUGUAUGCGAACCGGCGAGACCUCCGGCUCGUGGACGCGGCACACGAGAAGGCCAACGCCACGGUGGUGGUCGGUGGGUUGGAGGACGCCGCCGCGGUGGACUACGUUUACUCGCAGGGUCUCAUAUACUGGAGCGACGUGAGCGAGGAGGCCAUCAAACGCACCGUUUUCAACCAGUCGGGGGCCAGCGCCAUCCAGAUUGUGGUGCCGGGGCUGGCGUCCCCGGACGGGCUGGCCUGUGAUUGGUUGGGGAGUAAACUUUACUGGACGGACUCGGAGACCAAUCGCAUCGAGGUGGCCGAGUUGGACGGCUCGCUGAGGAAAGUUCUGUUCUGGCAGGAGCUGGACCAACCGAGGGCCAUCGCUCUGGACCCCGAACGAGGGUGA